UUAAUAUAUUAUCAACAAUGGGGCAAUUCCGUGUCAAUGACUACAAGUUCUCUAUUAAUUAUAAAUAGCUUAGACUUCCUACUGAGUGUGGAAGAACAGAGCCAGUAGCUCUUUGAUCAUAAGAUUGUUGCCUGUUGUUGAAGUUUUACUAUGGUUUUGAUUAGGACUUCCUUAAAGUUAAUCUUGAAUUAAUGCAUGUCCUUAUAAAUUUUCAUGGAUGUUCCCAGCAAAACUGUUGAAGUUAUCAUUUUGAUAUUUUAUCAAUAAAAAUUAUAGGAUAUCAAUUCUUGCAUCUUGCAAGAAUAUUUAAUACUCCUUAUUUUUGAAAAUUUCCACUCACAUAGUUUUUACUCAUCCUUGGUUAGAUAUGUAAACACUUUGAAACCUAAGCAGCUCUGACCAAACAGAACAUGCUAUUUUUUUUUCAAGAAACUUGCAUUUCAUAAAUAUUAUAACCAUCAGAAGAUGUAGAGAGCUCCUAUAGCUGAAAGGGGACUCAAGAAGAAUCUUAUUGUUAUUACUCUCUUUAAAAUCUUCCCUUGUAAACAAUUCAGUUGAUGUAGUAGACAUGUUAUGCCAUUGGAUUGAACAAAUAGUAUCAUUAUUAUUCCUAUCAUUUGCUUAAACCCUUUAGGGUUCUUCUCAAUAGUCCUGUUCUUCAUGAGAAUCUUAAAGAAGAAUUGAAGUUUACAUUGAACAUGCCAAGUUACCGUUAUUCUUAUGGUAAU